AUGUCUAUCAAGGAGAGAUUAGGAAUCGACCGUGCAGUUCCACAUGAUAGUUUUAGACAGCAGCAUUGCGGCGUAAUGAACUCAGAACCAAUCUCGAUUAUUGAUGAUGUCAAGGACGAGAAUGAGGAAGAGAACUACGAGGAAUUGGAAGACGAUGAAGAGGAUGAUGAUGACCUUUUAAAUUCGACUUCGCUUCGACGAGGUCAUCAGGAAUUCGACUGUGCAGGUCCGACGUCUCCUCGAUGCUUAGUUUGCGGACGAACUCCAACUCCAAGAGUUCGUCUUUUCAAAUGGCCGAAAGAUUUGCAGCUUAGGAAAUCCUGGUUGACAUUCUUUCAUCUUGGUAUGGAUUAUCUGGAAAAUUGCAAGGAUCCCUAUAUAUGCAGUAUUCAUUUUGAUGCUGAUCAAUUUCUCUACGAAGGAGAUCGCAUCUUCUGGAAGCAGAAUCCGUUUCCUCGUUUUCGGCGACGUCGUAGUAUGCUGGCUGAACCUUUUCCUUGGGACUUAGACGAGAUCACAACGAGAAAGCUGCCGAUUCAAAGCAGUCAUCCAAUACGGUUGAACCGUGGUGUCGCACAUGGAUGCAAGGUCACUUUUCGAGAAGCGUAUUUUAAGAGCAAGUCGAAAUCGUCGCAUCCAGUGGCGGUAGUUUCACUUCCAGAUAAUCGAAGUAUUUUCUACGAAUUCUCAUACACGAGAACGUCACCAAUAGAUUCUAGUAAAUUCUACUCGUGCCUGACAUGUAGACGUGCAAAAGCGGAAACACGGAUAAAAGAUGUAAUCCGAACCAUUCACAUUAAGGAUGGGAUUGUACGCAGUCGAGGUGACCCAUUCUAUGGGCACCACGUUGCUUGUCGACCUUUCACAAGAAUGUCCCCGAUACAAUCUGAAUCCACACAUGGUUGUGCAGAGGAUACUGGACCCAUGGACUUGAAUGACGAUCGCCAAUCGAGUAGUAUGUAA